AAUUACCAGAUCAUUAGAAGAAGACUUUAAAAUGCCAAAAAUUGAUGUACCAACCCGUUGGAAUUCGACAUAUCUUAUGCUUCAGCGAUUCAAAGAAAUAAAGAUAAUAACUGAUAUCCUUGUUACAAAACAUCAAAAUCUUCAAGAUAUUUAUUUGACAUAUGCUGAGCACAAUAUAUUACAAGAUACAAUGGACAUUCUUCAUCCAAUAAAUGACGCAACUGAAUUGUUGUCUGGCUCAGCUUAUCCAACUCUUGGUGACGUACGCAUAGUGAUGAUGAGUUUGCUUGCACAUCUAGAUAGAAACAGCAUCGAAAGUGUUAAUAGUCAAGUUGAAAUUGCGAGGACGAUCAAAACAAAACUUGAAGUCUAUUGGCCUUUACUUCGUGAAUCAUCCAUAAUUGCAACUCUUCUUGAUCCACGUACCAAACUUUCAGCAUUUAUUCAUGAUGAUCAGUCGCAUGCAAGAUUUAUUCUGCAGAAAGUAUAUGAUGAAUACAAUCCAGAUAACAUACAAAUAUCACCAUUCAGACUAAUCACAGUUCGUAGCACAUUUCGAGCCAUUAUUCAAACAGAUCAUAUUAACCCUCUUGAAUGGUGGAAACUUCAUUCUGAUAACUAUCCAACACUUGUACAUCUGGCCCAGAACUAUCUUGCAAUCCCAGCAUCUAGUGUUCCAUCUGAAUUAACUUUCAGUAUAGCAAAACAUACAGUUAGUGCAGUCCGAAACAGAAUUGAUGGUGAAACAGCUCGCACUUCACUUUGUCUCAAAAGUUGGAUUACAAAUGAAUCUUUUUUUAAUUCAUAA